AUGGCCGGGCAGCCCGGGAAGGGCGCGCCGUGGGUUUGGGGAGCCGGAGUCCCCCGCGGGGUGCAGGGGUGCAGCGUGGAGCAGCACCGAGGUGCGCCCUGCUUCAACUUCCUUCCCAGCGUGGAGCCGAUUUCCUCCGGCAUCACGUGCACGGUGUGGGGCCGGGACAGCCUGGCACGGCACGGCUCGGCUCGGCCUCGGGGCAGCCCCGCAGCGCCAGAGCAUGCCACGAGCAGGAAGCGCUUUGUGCUCCUCUCUUCUCAGCGCUGGUCCGGGCCGCAGCCCCAGCCGUGUUUCUGCCUCCUCUCGCCAGAGCUCGCAGCACCAGCGAGGAUGGACCCGACCAAGCUCCCACUCACCAAGAGGAUGGCUCCUGCUCCCCCCGUUCCUGCCAAGACCAAACCAGCCCCCGUGCUGGCCACCAAACCCAGUGACCCCCAGCCCAGCGCCUCAGCUGACAUGGAGUGGGGCAGAGCCGGUGACCCAGAUGCCGAUGGCUUCAACACGGUGUCAGUGACCACAGCCAGGCUGAGCCACCCCACAGCCACACGGCCACGAGUCCCCGGCCAGCGGCCACCCAGCAUGGUCCUGGGGAGCACGGGGGGUGCCCAUGGGGGGGAGCAGCCCCAGGGGCUGCCCCGUGCUGCCCCCUGUGCCCCUGUCCCCAGCACGAGGCAGGCGCCUGUCCCAGCAAGGAGCACAGAGGGGCUGGAGGGGAGGUCACUGGCCCUGGAGGAUCUGAAGGCUGAGGUCCGGACCCUGCACAUCCUCGUGGACCUGAUGCGAGUCCAGCACCUGCGGGACCUGCAGGAGCUGCGGCAGGAGCUGUGCCAGGAGCGGGCUCAGCGCCAGGCGCUGCAGGCGGAGAUCGAGCGGUUCGUGUACAACAGCACCAUGUUUGUGGGGCAGGAGCCCACGGCUCGCACGGGUGAAACCCCCGCCAGAUCCGGCAAGGGCUGUCCCGUCCUUGUCCCCGUCCCCGCGUGUUCGGGGCUGCUCGGCUGCUGCCAGCCGUCGUACCAAUGGCUCAAAGUGCAUCGUGUCCCGCAGUGGCGGGGGCGAGUCCAGCCCCGGGGGUGCCCGUGA